AUGCAGACCCCCGGAGACCCAUGUUUCCCAUCGGAUUUGGUCUUGAAAAUCUUCAAUGCGACAGUGGGAGGCAACCUGAUCAAAACCAAGCCGGUGGCCAUAUCUUGUUACCCUGGCCCCGAUCAAAGCCAAUCUCAAUGUGCCUAUGUCGACGCAAACUGGGCCGACGCAACAUUUCAGGCCGACCACGUGGUUGGGCUUUCAUAUCCUACCAACAUUACCUGCCCUCCUGUCAAUGCCACUGCCGGCGAGACACCUCAAGGCACUUGCACACUGGGAGUGAGCCCGAGUUAUGCAGUCGAUUGCAAAAAUUCUCUGCAUGUUGCCUUGACUAUCGCCUUCGCGAGACUUUUCAACAUUCGUCUCGUGGUUAAGAAUACUGGUCACGAUAUGAGUGGUCGAUCUGAGGGCCAUGGUGGCUUGGAAGUCUGGAUUCGUCAUCUGCGUAACGGCAUUACCUUUCAGAAGACAUUCAAGUCUUCGAAAGGAUGUUCGAAAAGUGGUUGGACAGGCAGUGCCAUCAAAAUUGCUGGUGCUUAUACGUGGGAAGAUGUCUAUGCGGUUGCCCAGGCGAACAAUGUUAUCGUUGUUGGCGGUGGUACACCGUCUGUUGGAGCUAUUGGAGGCUGGAUGCAAGGUGGUGGCCAUGGUCCAGCUUCGAGGCAAUUUGGAUUGGGGGCUGAUCAAGUUCUCGAGAUGGACGUGGUCCUCGCAAACGGCCUCGUCGUCACGGCCAAUGCCUGCCAAUACAGCGAUCUCUUCUUCGCUCUUCGAGGUGGCGGUGGCGGCACUUAUGGAGUAGUAGUGUCAACCACAGUCAAGGCACACCCAAUGGUCAGCGUCGCAGUACAACACCUCGCCAUCGGUGCGCUGAAUGCGGAUACCACGGGCCUUUUGGACACUAUCGCCAUCAUGUUUUCUGCCUACCCGGACUUGAACGACGCGGGAUAUGCCGGAUACGGCCAGUGGGCGAUCAACAGCCCAACGCCACUCUUCGCAACAUUCACCGCCGGCUAUGUUCACGGUAUCUACAUGUUUAACAAGACUGUGGACCAAGCCCAAGCCGCUUUCGACGCAACACGAGCGAGACUUGCGCCAUACAACUUGACCAGCGUCUUCAUUUCGGAAAGCUAUGUCUCUUAUCCUGACUACUGGACUUUCUACGACACUGAAUCCGGCGUUGAGCCCGCGGUCGGUGCCUCGGCCACACUUGGAUCUCGCCUUUUCGAUCGCCCGUCCGUCACGCAAAGCUUCGCUGCUCUUCGAAGCAUGGUCGGCACCAUUGCUGGAGCUCCUGAAGAGUUCACCUUUAACAAUUUCGAAAUUGUCAGCGGAGGGCAGGUCUUCACUGACAAAGCCGAUCCAUACUCGGGCGUCCUCCCAGCCUGGCGAACCUCUUACUUCAGUAACAUUGUUGCUAGAGGGUAUCCCAUUGGAACACCCCAGUCUGUCGUGGAUUCUAUUCAGUAUGACAUCACCCAUGUCAAGACGGCCGCUAUGAAAUCACUGGCCCCCAACACGGGGGCAUACAUGAACGAAGCAGACCGGAUGGAUUCCGACUGGAAGGUUGACUUCUACGGAAGCAACUACGACAAGUUCCUGUCAAUCAAGCAAAAAUACGAUCCUUCCUUGGUGUUCUACUGCCCCACGUGUGUGGGUAGCGACGCAUUCGGAGAAGAUGCCACAGGACGACUUUGCAGAGUAUAG